CUGCAUCAGCAUCCACAUAAAUCAAUUAUAUUGAAAGUGAAUGCAAAGCGGAAGUAAAAGUUUAUUGUCUGGAAAAAUACAUGGCAGUGAUAUGUACGAAAAAAUAAACGGUGAAAUCAACUCUUCCGCUGUCCACGUUGUGGACUUGCGAAGCGACACCAUCAGCAAACCCACCCCCGAAAUGAGGGAGGCGAUGGCAAAUGCUGUAGUGGGGGAUGAUGUCUUUGGGGAAGAUCCUACUGUGGCCGAGCUGGAAAGACGAUCCGCUGAACUUUUGGGAAAAGAAGAUGCUCUGUUUGUGUGCAGUGGAACUAUGGCCAAUUUGAUAGCCAUAAUGGUGCACUGCAGUCAUAGGGGAAGUGAGAUCAUUUCAGGAGAUAACGGUCACACAUUCAGAUUCGAACAAGGUGGCCCGGCCCAAAUAGCUGGCGUGCAGACGUCCCUAUUAAAAAACAACGACGAUGGAACUUUCAAUUUGGACGAACUACGGGACAGUAUUCGCAAAAAUCCCGAUUGUCAUGAACCUUACACUUCGCUAGUCAUUUUAGAAAACACUCACAAUAUGUGUGGAGGAAAAGUAUUACCAUUAGAUUGGAUCGAAAAAGUGAGAAAUCUUACAAAAGAGUACAACCUUCCGGUCCACAUGGAUGGAGCUCGUGUGAUGAACGCCGCAGUAUAUCUUAAAGUACCUGUUGAAAGAGUGGUCAGAGAUGUCGAUACUGUUUGUUUUUGUUUGAGUAAAGGCCUGGGUGCCCCCAUCGGUUCUGUGCUUGCAGGCAGCAAAGCUUUUAUUGACAAAUCCAGGAGAAUGAGAAAAGUGCUUGGAGGCGGCUGGAGACAAGCUGGAGUUAUUGCUGCCGCUGGUUUAGUGGCUUUGGACAAGAUGAUCGAUCGUCUCCAAGUGGAUCAUGACCACAUCAUGCAAAUCGCAAAAGCUGUAGACAAUUUGAAAUCCGACAUCUUCAAAGUAGAUUUACCAUCAGUACAUACUAAUAUUUUGAUGAUGUAUAUUGAUCGCAGCAAAGUGGCUGUUAAAGAAGUGAUUUAUCGUUUUGCUAAAGUGUUUAAGACAGAUAUAGUGAAAGUUAGUGUGAGGGCUUCAUCCAUUCGACCAGACUGCAUUCGCUUUGUUACCUAUUGGCAAAUAACGGAUGAAGACAUUCGCGACACUAUUGACAGAAUCACUUUCGUUAUCAAGGAAUUUGAAGAUCAGUUAAAAUCGACGACUAUAUAAUAACCUAAAGCUUUUGUGUCUGUAGACUAACAGUAGAAUUAGCAAACUUAGCCUAAUUUAUUUAACUACACAGGCUUACUCUGUUUUGUUUUAUUAAUCUGGUAAAAACGUAGAGGUGUGGUUAUUGUGUGUUAUUUAUAAUGUAUGUUUUAGUUUGCUGUGCUUUUGUAGAUUAUUAACUGAGCUUGAGAAUAGCUCAAAAGAUAGCUUUAAUUAAGGUCUUAUAUGUAAAUAAAUGUGAUUCGUAUUUG